AACUUUACUACACUCAUCAACGUAGAUCGACUAAGAAAGCACCGUAACUGUAGCCAUUCUAGCCUAGUCUAUACAACUUUGUCAACAUAUAUUUAAAGAGCAAUCGUCCAUCAACGAUGUCAAUGACUGUGUUAGGUCUGUAGCUAAUGUUUCUGAGGGCGCUUCAUCAGAGUUGUGUGUUGAACAGACCCUUUCUGAUGUAAGGAGGACAAUGGAUACUCAAAGCUGACAAACAACAUGGUUAAAUCCAUUGCCAUGAGCAGAUUAUCUCGGAUCCUUGGUUUUUUUUCAUCACAUUGCCCUGCACACGGCACAAAAACAAAAACUGAGAAGACUACUCAACACCAAAACAAAUAGUAAAUCGAGGGGGUGACCAUGGGGUUCUGUCCUUCUAUGCUCACGGCCUCCAGGAGAGGAAAGUAUGUCAUCGUCCUCUUGCUGUGUCUCUCUGUGUUGGCGUGGAUUGCCACCUUCAAGGGGGACACAGUGAAGGCCUUGCAGUGGUCCCCCGUGACGUUGAGGGUCCCACUCACAGGGGACGGCUCACAGGUGGAUCUGAGACCAGAGGGAGCGUCACCAGAGGGAGCGUCGAGUGUCCGCACGUCCACGGCCCUGUGCCCGGAAACUUCUCCCCUGCUCCAUGGCACCCUGAAGCUGUCCUUCGAGCCUUCGCUGACGAUGAAGGAAGUGGUAGAUGAGAACAGCGUGGUAGCCGGGGGUCAGUACCAGCCCCCAGAAUGCCAGGCGAGACAAAGCGUGGCCAUCCUCGUCCCUCAGCGUAGCCGCGAGAAGCACCUCCUCUACCUCCUGCAUCACCUGCACCCUUUUCUGCAGAGGCAGCAGCUCCACUACGCCAUCUACGUCAUACAGCAGGCAGGCGACGCAACGUUCAACCGUGCCAAAUUGCUGAACGUGGGUUACCUGGAGGCCCUGAAGGACCACGCCUGGGACUGCUUCAUCUUCCACGACGUGGACCUGGUGCCCGAGAACGACCACAACCUGUACACGUGCGACAGCCAGCCCAAACACAUGGUGGUGGGCCGCAACGCCACGGGCUACAAAUUGCGCUACAAAGGCUACUUCGGAGGAGUCACGGCGCUGACCAAAGAGCAGUUUAAACGAGUGAACGGUUUCCCCAACAACUACUGGGGCUGGGGAGGCGAGGACGACGACCUCCGCAUCAGGGUGGAGCUGCAGGGCAUGAAGAUCGUGCGUCCUCCGCCCGAGGUGGCGCGCUACACCAUGGUGCUCCACAAGCGGGACAGCGGCAACAAGGUCAACACCGACCGGAUGCGGUUGCUGGGACGAACGCCCCAGGUGUGGCGCAAGGACGGUCUGAACAGCUGCUCCUACAAGACUCUGUCGGUGGAAAGACAGUCUCUCUACGUCAACAUCACGGCGGACAUCGGCACGCCACCCCGACACUGAGCGCCGGCAAGCUGGCUCCGGCGGCACAGCGGGUUUCCCCGAAAACCGUACUUGAGGUUCGAUCCCCGGGUUGUGUUCUGGUUGAGGUGCCCCAAUGAGCAAGGCACCUUAACACAGCUAAGGGCUCCCGGUGAACCGUCGGCGGCCCUGUGCGGUGGACCGCCUCGCUGGUGUGUGAAAGUGUGUGUGAACCAGUCGGAAUGUUACCGUGGAAACGUUAAGGGCGACCGCCGAGAGUAGAGAAGCGCUUUAUUGAGAACUUUUGCAUUCCCACCACAUCCUUCAGAAUACCCUCAGGGAUGUGUACCUGUUACUGAGUGUAAAUGGACUUUCUGGAAAAACUGGAACCGCUCUUUGCCCCCCCCAGUGGGGACACUUAUCUUUCAUUAGUUUGAUAUCCUGAAUUUUAUUCUUAUUACCAAAGCCUUUUACUUAAUGUUGAACAGCCUCAAACAUGAGGUGAUUAUGUGUGCCAUCUCUGUUUGUCUCUGCACUUUUCAUGUACAGGCCUAGCUUCGUAUGUAGCCUAGCACUAGCUACGUCGGCGGCUAUUAGUCCGUGUGUUAGCUGGGCUAAUCUAAAUGCUAACUGGAUGCAUAGAUUUGGCUAAACUUGAUCAAAACAUAGAAUGGCUUGCAACAUCCUUUUUAGUUUAUUUUUUUGCUUGUGCAUAACUUAUUCCCCAUACACAUUUAAUAUAUUAACCAGAUAUAAUAAUUAUCGCCAGGCUUGCAGAAAGCCAACAACAAUAAGGGUUCAAGUCAACUAGUGGAAGCUAUUCAAUAUUUUAGACACUUAAACUCUUUAUUGAUAAAUGACUGAUAUGAGCGGUAUUCUGGGAGCAAUAAUGUCAGAUAUUUGUGAUUUGGGCCAAAACUUAUUGGUAACUAUUUUAAAUCAGACAUUGAGUCUAAGAUGUAGAUUCAUGCAACAUGCUAAUCUUACUUUAUCUAUACCAAUUUUAUAUCACAUAGCAUAACACAACAUGGGCUUAACUAUCAGAUGCUAAUGACCAAUCAUUUUAAAAUACCUAAUGAAUAGAGAAUCUCUUAACAUCCAAAUCCUUUUUUGUAAUCCUUUUUUAAGAUCUAUUUUCAAGGAUUGGUAAAGAAUUUGGGCUUACUGGGUAAUGGUAUUAAUUUAUAAUUUAAUUUAGCAUUAACAACUGUGUUUAUAGCCAUUAACAAAAGGCUAUUAAUUAUAUACAUUUUAUUACUUUAUUUUUACACUGUGAUCUUUUUGUAACUUCCUUCAAUCCUCAACAACUUUCUGAUAAUUAAGUCAAAGUAAAGAACCAACAUGCCUUAUUUAAUCAUUGCAUGGCGUAUCAGCCUAAUUGAUACAUGCAUAUCCACAAAUUUUUAAUAUGACGGAAUUAUGCAUUACUGUCUGUUAGGAGUUUGUUGAACUAAGUAGUCCCAUCCUACCACAUCAUAGUGACAGAUAUACUGACUGAUUUUGCUAUAAUGACUUAUUCCCAAAGCAUACCACUGUUCGGGAUGGACACAAAAUCAUAUUUUCACAUUUCCAUUUACAAAAUCAAUAAUGCAAAAAAAUAUGUAAAAAAUGUGAUUCUCAUUCUUUUUUGGGCACGUUGCAAAUAUGAACUGAAAUGUGCACUCCUUGGGCUUUGGGCUUUUACUUAAUCCCCUGAUUUGUAAAUCAAUGAUUAACUACUGAACAGGUGUGUCAUUAGAGAUAUACUACAUGUCCUAUUCAUGAAUAGUCCUAGUGGUGUAUUUUGAAAGCUUUGUCACCUGUCUCAAAGAUUGUUUGGUUCAUUCUCAGUUGCCUAAAUCUUUUACAACUGGACAUUGAUCUGAUUUUGGGCUUUAAUCAAUUUUGAAUUGAAUUGAGGAUUAAUCUGUGAUUGAUUUUUCUGAUUAAUCACGCAGGUUUGGACAUUUCUUAAAUAAUGGCCAUCACAAGUAAGCCUUCUUUGUCUGAUGAUCAGCCAACCAAAACACAAUGUUGUUUUAAUCUGAAAACCAAACGCAUGCAUUUCCUGAGCUAUUAGCGGCAGCAAAUAUUUGGGAUAUUUACUCAAUAAGCGUAGAGACAAACUAAUUGUCACGUUUCCUCUUGAUUUUUGCCUUGUCCGGCUUAACUCUCUUAUUAUCCACUAAGAACCAGGGAGGGUUUAUGUUUUCUGGCGUUAAGAAAAUCGUAUUGAGAGCUAAGUAGCCUCCACUCUCUCUACUUCAUGUUCUCAUUGCCAUAAAUAGCAGAUUCCAUUAUCGUACCAUUCUAACUGUAGAAAACAUGUAGCAUUGUUUACCCUCUGGAGUUUAUUUUGUAUUUUAUUUUCAUAUAUAUCUGGAAUCAAUGUGAAAGAAAAAUAAGUGUAUGAAAAAGAUUUGUAUGAGUGAAACUGUGUGGGUAUUUGGGUAUUUUUGGGUGUUUCUUUUUGUUUAUUGUUCUGAAAUUUUAAAAAAGGGUCCUUGUGCAUUCAAAUACAAAUGAAAUAUAUACUUUAUUUCAAAACUC